GUAUGAAUUUAUUUUGGAUGGACUCAUAUAAUGGCGUUAUUGGCCGGAUCAACAUUGAUACAGGGGUAAAGAAAAAAUUGUCCUCGGUAUCGGGAUCGCGUUAUGAUUUUAAUGGCAUGACGCUUGUUGGAGAUAAACUUUACAUCACAUACAGGAACCAUGUAUACAGAAUAAGUGUAGAUGGCGGGGAACUGGAGCAAGUUGGAACUUCAAACUUUUCCGCGUUAAGUGGAAUUACUAGUUAUAAGAAAACUGAUAUUAAAACAGUUUUCAGCAAAUGUUUACAAAGCACGUGCAGCCAGCUUUGUUUACCUGUUUCCGGAAAAGAUUACAAAUGCGCAUGCUCAGACGGUGACGAAAACGCUUUGAAUCCUUGUCGGGAAACCAACGAGUGCACACCAAAUUACAUAAAUCUAACAAUUAGUGACGACCUUCCAAAAGGCGACAGCUCUACGAAAAUUAGUUUCUUCUGCAACAACUGGAUCAACAUUAGUGUGUAUUUUCAAUUAGACAUCACACAUAACGAACACAGAUACUUUAUGGUAGAGAACGUGAAAUCUGGAAAUUUAAACUACCUUGUAUUAACAAUAAAAAAUACACCAUAUAUAAAUACUUGGAAUACACGUGUCAGUGUACUGAAAGAGCCGUACAAGAAUGUAACAUUAAAUAGCGUUCCAAUUAGGAUAGACGUGAAAGAGGUGAAUGAUCGACCAACUAUUCUACCGGAUUACCUUAUAACGGAAGUACGUGAAGAUGUCCCAGUCGGUACAAUAGUAGCCAACCUCUCAAUAUCUGACCCGGAUGAUGGAAAAUUAGGAGAUUUACAGAUUGAAUUAGAAAGUCACACAGAUAUAGACGUAAAUAGAUUGUUUGAAGUAGAAAGAAUAUCAAACGACACUUUCCAAAUCAAGACAGCAUCAUUGCUGGACGCGGACAAAUUUUGGGACAGGUAAAUCGUAUCCUUAAAGCUGCUUUCUAGC